AUGCUCAGCUUCAAAAACACUAGCUUCGUGGAAAUAACCAACAGUGAUUAUACUUUCCUAGAGCUCGCAAUAACUGCUCAAAGUCAGAAAAAGUCUGAUGACUGGACCAAUGAUCAACUGUCAAUAAGCGAAGCCAUCAGCGCCCCUCGAACUCAAAACAGACCCAUGCCAAACCUAUUGAAAAAAGUUAAAAAACAAAUUAUCAAGUUCACCAAAAGAGGAAGCAGAGGCGCUCCAAUCACCGACCUCACUGAAGAAUACACGGUUCAAAGUUCCAGCAUCGUUCAAGAAGACAUCGCUCAAAGCACUUCGAGCAGGUCUAUAAUAACUACUCGCGAACCUGACAAAGAACCAUCAACAAAUAUUCCCGAACAGCCCGAGACUAACGCCAUGGCUCAAAACACUCAGGACACCACGGCUGAAGACACUACAGCUCAAAACAUUACAAGCACACUUGACGCCCUUCAUCUUGAUCCUCCAAUCACUCCACCCGAAACUGUGGAAUCCCUUCGUGCAUAUGAAAAAGAGCCAGGCGAAGCACAGAAGUUUUUAGAUCGCAUGGAAGAUGGCUUCACGUGGCCCGCUUCGAUGCCCGAUAACAUUAGAAGACAGGUUUUCUGGGGUUUCACUGAUGAUGUUGACGCUCCUGAAGGUGACCUAGAUCGAGAAACCGCGGCAAAUUUUCUUUACUUCUUUAACAGUCUUGACAAGGGCAUGUUUGAUGAACAUCAGAAAGACUGGGUACUGGUGUACGGACAGAAGGUUGUGAAGUAUGGGUCAGAUGAGUACACAAACCAGCAAUUAUCAGACCUCGAAGAUGAAAUGCCCGGUGCCAUUUAUAUCCCAGUUGAUCCAUUACUUCGUGAAAAAUAUUUUCAUCCAGUUCCCGCGGCGAGGGCGGUGAAAUCUCAGCGUUCCAAUUAUGGAGAACACCUGCUCAAGGUUCGAGUUAAAAGAGUCGGAUCAGAGGAUCAAACUUCUGUCAUACUUGACUAUCAAUUUUAUGAACCUUUGGACAAUAACAAGUUAUACAAGACGGUUCUCGACACGGGCGCACCAGAAACAAUAUUACCUUUUAACGUCCGUCGACGCCUUGGAAAAAGUGGUUGGUACAGUUCUUCUACCACUGCUCUGGGCUAUGGAGCACCUGCUAGAUUGAUUUUGGCUCAUGAUCCAUUUUUAGUGUCCAUUGGGGACGACAAUGGCUGGAGCAAUUGGGUCCAAACUAACACUCUUCGAGUUUGGGAAUCAAAGCCUGGUGAUCAGAUAACCUAUCACCCUAACGAUUCUCCCACCCAAGAUUUCAUUCAAGAAGUGUCUUCAGGGUUCACAGAUGAGGAGAUCAUCGAAGUCAUCGAUGUACUCACUACCAAUACGACAAUAGAAGUUGAGCUAGCUCAUUUGUUUCUAAAAUUUGAAAUAGGUAUUCAAGAACUUAUGGUAAAAGAAAACAUUUCAGAACAGACAGCGAGAAAACGAUUAUUCCAGGAUAUAAUAAAACACCUUUCUGGAAUAACUUUGGAAAGCUUACGUAAAAGAACCCAAAGAUCUAUAAAACUUUACAAAUUAAUCGAAAAGAUAGGAGUCGAUAAGAUCAAGAAUAUCAAGACAAUUCAUGAAAGUGAAAAAGUGAGACCAAAAGUCCCACUUGAUCAAAAUGACGUUGUCAAUCAUGUAUCUAAUACAGAAUCUACUGAUAUUAUCAGCAGAGCUGACAUGAUCAAGCAGACCUCAUCGAUAGCUCAGAAAAGUGUACCGCCUAUAUUUGAACCAGAAGUCGAU